UAAAACACUAAUAGAACAUUAAUAUUAGUGUUCUAUUGUCUCUGCGAGUACUGCAGCCCGCGCCACGUUGUGGUUGAAUCUAGAACUACGAAUAGAAAUUCCAUCGAUCCUCUUCUUUUCCACCCUGAGUAAAUGGCCUAGACCUAACAAGAAUCGAACAAGCAGUAGGCAAAAAGAAUUUCUCGAGACUGCCUGGGAGGCUGGAUUGACGAGUACAAGAGGAGUUGAGUCACGUGAACAGAUUGAAAGGGUAGCAAUAGCAGCAGAAAUGGCGACUGCCCAAGUCAAGAGCUGGAUAGGAAACAAGAAUAGGAGCCUUCGUCCUCCACAACCACGAAAAAGAAAAGUUACUUAUACAAAAGGUCAAUCAGGAUACAACGUCUUUUGUAGAGAGCAAGGCAAAAGAGGCAGUUUUCAAGAAUGGGCAAAGUUAUGGCAUGAGCUCACAAACGAACAGAGAAACUACUAUCGAGAGAAAGCAGCUGAACCAAAAUCAAUUGCAAGAAAGAGGCCUAGCAAGAAUCAAACAAGUAGUAGACAAAAAGAAAUUCUCGAAGCUGCCUGGGAGGCUGGAAUGAGAAGCACAGGUGUUGAGUCACAUGAACAGAUUGAGAGGGUAGCAACAGCAGCAGAAAUGUCUAUCGCACAAGUCAAGAGCUGGAUAGGGAACAAAAAAAGGAGUCUUCAACCUCCACGACCAAGAAAACGAAAAAUUUCUUAUACGAAAGGACAAUCAGGUUAUAACAUCUUUUGUAAAGAGCAAGGGACAAAAGGAGAUUUCCAAGAGUGGGCGAAGCUAUGGCAUGAACUCUCAAAUGAACAGAGAAACUACUACAAAGAAAAGGCAGCUGAACCGAAAUCCAUCUCUAGGUUAAGAACUACCCCCGUUGAGAAUAAAACCAAUUGUAUCCAGAAUGAAAUUCCUGAUAUGAGCUGGGAGGAUAGAAUAAAGACUUCUAGAGUUGAAACAUGUGCACAGACAGAUGCUGUCACCGCACCAGCAGAUAUGCCAGUCACACAAGUAAAGAACUGUGUAGCAAACAAGAAAGCACAUCUUUUAUCAUCUCAGCCAAGGAAGAACAAACUUACGUAUACAAAAGGACAAACUCCAUACAACGUCUUCUGCAAAGAGCAAGUUACUUUAGGAAAAAGAGGAAAUUUCCAAGAAUGUGCAAGACAAUGGCGUGAGCUCUCUAAUGAACAGAGAAGCUAUUACCAAGAGAAGACUGCCGAGCCGAAAUCCGUCUGUGACCUUACUGAACAUGAUAUCUCUCACGCAAUACGUGGCAUUCGCAAGAAACUUAGAUACUUGUGUUCACAGCUGGAAAUCUAUGGAGGCUGUGCUGGAGUUGUUGGUCUAGACAAUAAAGGCAUGUCAUUCACUGUCGGAAAUUCAUACAUUGAGAAUUUUCUGAUAGCCAAAGGAUCAGAAUUUCGCAGUUACAUGUCAGGUACAAAUGAUACUAUACUCAACGGCCAAAUUGAGUCGAACAAAGACAAGCCAGAUCUCCGUAGUCAAGUGCAACAUCUAUUUAACCAAAGAUAUCAGGAAGUGACAAAUACAACAAAGCGUUUCCCAUAUAAAGCUAUGCGAGAAGGGAAGGUUAUCAUUAGUGGUUUGCCUGCAGGCAUCAAGCAAGCAGAACCCUCGAGUUAUGGAGCCAAAACGCUAAAAAAAAUCUUGGAGGCAAAGGACAAAGUACAUACAUUAGUGAGAUGGUCCAACACAGAUGACCACUGGUGGUCAGAUGGUGGGGUAGCUGAGAAUAGACCAGAUGCUGUCACAGGGUCCAACACGGAUGAACGCUGGUGGUCAGAUGUUGCAGUACCUGAGAAUAGAGAGGAUGGUGAAACUGGAUCCAGCUCAGAAGAUCAUAGUUGGUUAGAUGAUGAAAUACCAGGCAAUAUGGAGAAUGCAACUUCAGGAUGUGGCCCAGAAAAUCAAUCCUGGUCAGAUGGGGAUGUUCGAGAGAACAGGGACGUUGGCACUGCAGG